AUGCUGUGCCGCUACUCGCGGGCGCACCCGUACUUCGACGACGUGCCCGUCGUCGUCGUCGUCGAGGCGCCGGCGCCGCUCGUCUGGGACGCGUGCCUGGCGCCGCUCGAGGUCGGCGACGACCGGAACCGGCGCGAGCGCCGGGGCCGCUGGGCCGCGCCGGCGGAACCAAGCACGGCGCCGGCCAUCGGCGCGCUCGGCGCCAAGCCGCGGCGGCGGCGGUCCUUCGACGCCGCCGCCGGCGCGGCGCCGGCGCUGCUCCACGAGCUCCGGUCGUUCUACGACCAGGCCUACCGGCUCAAGGUCGUCAAGGACCGGCUGCUCCACGAGAUGCGCCACCGGGACUGGGGCAUGGCCCAGCUCUUCGAGAUCCUCGACGAGGACGGCGACGGCGAGCUCGACUGCGACGAGAUCGGCGACGCGCUGCGGCGCUGCGGCGUGCCGCUGCGCGAUCUCGAGCUCGAGGAGCUCUUCGAGACGCUCGACGCGGACGAGUCCGGCACGGUCGACGAGUCGGAGUUCUUCGACUGGCUCUACGGCCGCGGCGACGCCUGGCUCGCCGCGAAGCGCCGGUCCGACGACGACGACCCCUUCAACGACCGCCGCCUGCUCCGCCGCGACGCCGUCCGCUUCGAGGACGCGACGCGGCGGCGGCUCCACGCCUUCUGGCUGCUCGUGGACCGCGACGGCGACGGGGCCAUCGACCGCGACGAGUACCUCGACCUCCACGUGCACCUCUACGCGGCCAUGCACUUUGGCGGGGCCGAGCCGCCGGACCUCGCGGAGGCGCGGCGCGUCGCGGAGCGCGAGUGGGACUUCGACAGCCAGGGCCGCGACGGCCUGGACCACGACCUCUUCAACCUGUCGUUCUUCCAGCUCGUCGACGCCUGGCGCGCGGCCGCGGGCGACGCCGCGGCGUCCUUCGCGGACUACUGCUCUUUCCUGCUCGACCGCGUCGCCGUCGUCGUCGACGACGACCCGAGGCACGUGGACCUGCGCUGGCGCCACGACCCGGACGGCUGGCUCGGCGACCUGCCGCGCUUCCGGUCCCUGCGCAAGGCCAUCGCGUCCGCCGUCCAAAAGGCCGACGCCAUGCUCGGCGUGCUCGGCCUCGCGGACCCCGUCGACGGCGGCGACGCGUCCGACGGCGACACCGCGGCCCUCGUCGAGGACGCCGAGGAGCCGGCGGCGGCGGCGGCGCCCGCGCCGACGCCCGCGGUCUUCGACGACUCCGUCCUGUCGGGCGCGCGCUCGGCGAAGGUCCUCGACGACGCCAGGCCGGCGAUCUUCGACGACUCGCUCGCGUCGCCGUCCCUCGCGUCGCCGUCCCUCGUUGUGUCCCUCGUGCCGAGCCUCAUGCAGAGCCUCGUCGACCCCUUCGCGGGCGACGACCGCUUGCCGCCGUGCCUGGACUCGCUCGUCUUCGCCGGCGACGACGCCGAGGCCGGCGACGACGCCACGGCGGCGCCCGCCGAGGCGGACCCGGAGGGCGACGCGCCGGGCGACGCGGCCGCUUCGACGCCCUCGCCGGCGGCGGAGCCCGCAACGCCCUCGCCGGAAUCGCCGGAGAGCGAGGCGCCGGGCGACGCAGCCGCCGCGUCGACGGCCUUGCCGGCGGCGGAGCCCGAGCCACCCUCGCCGGAUCCGUCGGAGCCCGCGGCGCCUCCGGAGCCGUCGGCGCCGGAGGCUUUCGAGCCGUCGGCGCCGGAGGCUUUCGAGCCGUCGGCGCCGGAGGCUUUCGAGCCGUCGGCGCCGUCGGAGCCGGAGCGGCCGCCGGAGCUCCUGUCGCUAGAGCCGGAGCAGUUGCCGGAGCCCGCGGAGCCCUCGGCCGUCGCGCGCCCGCCGUCGUCGCCGGUUGCGUCGCUCGAGGCGCCGUCCCUCGAGGCUCCGUCGGUCGUGGCGCCGUCGCUCGUGGCGCCGUCGCCGCCGGCGUUCGCGACGCCGUCGGCGACGCCGUCGCCGUCGGCCCCGCCGUCGCGCGCGGCGACGCCGCGCGGAUCGCCCGCCGCGGCCGCGUCGCCGCGCGACGCCGCGUCGCCCGCCCCGCCUUCGCCCGACGCGGCGCCCGCGCCGUGGGCCGCGGACUCGUCGCCGGUGCUCCCCGCCGCGCUGCCGCCCGCGCGCGCGUCGUCGCCCGGCUCCGCGUCGCGGCGCGUCCCGACGGACGAGUCCGAGUCGCCGGCGGCGACGCUGCUCCUGUCGCCGGCGUCGACGUUCCUGCGGACGCUGGGCCACCCCGACGACGACACGACGGCGCCCGGCGACGGCGCCAGCGACGGCGGGCCCGGCGGCGGCGCGCCCGGGACCGAGGAGCCGUCGGCCGAUUCGGCGGAGCUCGCGGAGCUCGUGCGCCUCGAGCGGUCGCGCGCGCUGCACCACUUCGACGACCCGGCGCUGCACCACGACCACGCGCGGGCCGCCCUCCGCGACGAGGAGGCGCGGCGCGAGGCCGCGGCGCGCGCGCUCGCGGCGCCGCCGCCGGAGCGGCGGACGAUCACGCGUGUCGCGUUCGUCGGCGGCGCGCCCCUCGUGCCCCAGGCCCGCGCCGACACGCCCGAGGACUCGCUGUCGACGGCGCCCGACUUCGCGUCGGAGACGGCGAGCUCCGCGACGCCGCCGCCCCGCGGGUCCCCGCUCCGGCGGCGGCGCGGCGCGGUCGAGCCGACGCGGCGGAACCGCUUCAAGGAGCGCGCGCCCUUCGUCGCCGCCGCCGGCGGCCUGACGCUCGCGCCGGGCGUCGACGUCGCGUCGCCGAAGGACGCGCCGCCGAAGCUCUCGGCCGUGGAGCGCUACCUCGAGCGCCUCCGCCGCGACGCGCUCGACGACUCCGACGACUCCGACGACGGCGGGGACGACGCGCCGCCGGCGCGGCGCCCGAGCCGCCAGCUGCCGACCUUCCGCGGCCACGCCAUCUUCGCGGCGCGGGACCAGGGCCGGCCCGUCGUCCCCGCGGCCGCGCGCCGCGAGCCGCCCGCGCCGGUGUGGCACUCGCCGCGCCAGGUGCCGGCCAACGGCCCGGCGGUGCCCAAGCUCCUGGAGACCGAGGACGUCGUGCUGCCGCGGAACCUCACGACCCUCGAGAAGUUCCGCGCGGGGCUGCCCGUCGACGCGGCGCCCGCGCCGCGCCGCGCGGCGGCGGCGGUCCGCGUCGACGACGUCGCCGUGCCCGCGCGCGCGGACCUGCGCCAGCCCGCCGCGGGGCCCCUGCCGCACCGCGGCGCGCGGCCCCGGUCCGCGCCGGCCCUGCGACCCGUCGAGCCGGCGAUCCUGCGCCUCCGCGAGCUGCCCUGGGCCGCCCGCAUCGGCCGCCCCGCGGAUCCGCCGAAGCGGCCCCGGGACAUUUUCGGCCGGCUUCGCCUCCCGGCGCCGGUCGUCGACGCGUCCGCGGAGUCCGAGGCCACGCCCCGGGACCCGCGCGUCGACCAGAUCCUCAAGGAGCAGGACCGCUACGCGUACGUGCUGCGGACGUACAUUAAAUACUUGCGGCGCCAGUACUCAAGGGCCGGCGACGCGAGGCCCGGGUCCGCGACCUGGAUGACCUGGCCCGGCGCGGUCCCGGCGGGCACGGCGACGCGCACGGUGGCGGAGGACGGCAUCGUCACGUCGAGGACGCCGGCGUGUCCCUCGGGCACCUGGACGCCCACGUACGUCGCGGCCCAGGGCGGCGGCGCGCCCUGCGCCCCGUUCACCUCGAAAGACGGCUUCGAGUCGAACGUCGCCGUCCAGAGCACCGCGCCCUUCUUGGAGCCGUCCUCGCGGACGAAGUUCUCGAGGUCCACCGUGCGCUCGCCCUCGAACGCCCGCGCCUCCUUCUUCUUCUCCUUGAUCUUCUUCAGCAGGAACCAGCGGUCCUUCUUGUCCGUCGAGUCGCCCUUGUACGCGUAG